UUGAAAUUUCUCCGUUAUUAUUAGUUAGUAUCAGCGCAAAAGUGAACAGAAGGGAUUCGAUCGCAGUAGCUCGCCCAGUGCAGACGCAUUUUUUUCUGCCUGUGUGUUUUGUUGAAAUCAUUUCAAGAUAUCAAAAGUGCUGUGUUCCUAACUGCAGUUUUCCACGCGGAGUGAUUUCUUCCUGCUGGCUCGGUCGUUAAUUGCCGAGGUUCAUCAACGGAGCCGGCUGGCACAGGUGUGCAAACGCCAAUUUGGUUCGCUGCAGCAGGUUUUUUUUUGCCAUCACCAUCUCCAUCAAGGCCAUAUUCAUCUUCGGAAGGCGCCUUCCUGUUCGCCCAUCAAAUUCGGAAUUUGGACAUCGUCAGGGCGGUAACUCGGGGGAUCCGGUUCUGAUUGCCGCACCCGGGUAAACACAGGACGGUCGAGCAUUUGAUCCGAUUGACGUCUCCAUCUUGUUCCGACGGAGGACCACGUGGCUGGUGAAAACAUCUGUAUUAACAAAGUGCAAAAGCUUGUGAGUUUCUUUUAUUCUUUUUUCACUUUUUCUUCUCUAUUUGUUUCCCUUUAUUCGAUCAUUGUUUGCUUCGUUUAUAUUUUCAAAACGGGGGCACUCGUGUUCUCGUGAGAAAAUAUGAACGAUGGCGGGGAGUUGAAUUCCUCAGUUGAGGAUGAUGAGGAUGUCACCUACGAGUAUGAGGAGUAUUUGGAGGAUUCAGGUGAUGCUGGUCCGUCAAAUGUUUCCCAUUCUUCGAUGAGUGUUAGUUCUUUGUCAACCACGGUUGAGAGUAGAGCACCCCGACUCCGAACCUACACAGACGGUUCAUCUUUUACUGGGCCUUGGGUGGUUUUCAUCCGGCCCAAACCUAAUGGUAAACGUCUUAACGUGGUACAGAUCACCAAAGAUCUGGCGAGGUGGCCCUCCGUGACCAGUAUUUCAAAGGUGCGAUCAGACAAGUUGCGCGUUGUAGUGGCUGACCGGAAAGGCGCAAAUGAAAUUGUUGCCAGCAAGUUCAUUAACCUGGAGUACCAUGUUUUUGUUCCGUCUCGAAACGUCGAGAUCGAGGGCGUGAUAACGGAAAUGAGCCUGAAGGCAGAGUACGUUAAGUCCAACGGCGUUGGUAAGUUUAAAGGCCUUGAUUCGACUUCGGUCGAAAUCUUGGAUUGCCGCCAACUUAAAACUGCCGACGUUGUGAAUGGAGUUAAAAAGUACUCGCCUGCAGCCUCAUUUCGCGUAACUUUCGCAGGUACCGCCCUCCCUCACUACGUUUUGAUCGACGGAAUGUUGAGGCUUCCUGUGCGACUCUUUGUGCCUCGCCCAAUGAGUUGCAAAAAGUGCAUUAAAAUGGGACACACCGAGUCCCAUUGUUGUAACAAGGCACGGUGCCCUCGUUGCGCAGGGAUUCAUGAGGAAGGAGCGUGCUCAGCAAUAGAACAGAAAUGUGUCUAUUGCGGGGGCUCACCUCAUGAUAUCUCUGUAUGCCAGGCAUUUAAGAGUCGCUGGGAUAAAGAGAGGCGCUCUUUAAAAGAACGAUCCAAUCGUUCUUACGCCGCUAUUUUAAAAAGCGCUUCUCCCCCUACUCAACCUCAGUUAAGUAACAUUUUUUCAGUGCUGCCAGUUGACAACGAGGACACUACCCGAAUAGCCAAGACCGUGGUAUUAAUAUAACAGAACAAUGAUUUUCAAUUGAACAAUAAACUUCAUCAUAAUAUCUAAAUCUUAAUCUACCACUUGAUAUUUUGAAAUCACCGUAUAUUUUAUGGUCACAGUAAAAAACCAUUAUUUUCAAAGUUGUUUUACAUAUUUACAGUUUUUCGUGUAAGCAAACGAUUCAAAACGUUGUUGAACGUUCUAGUCACGGUCGAAAAUAGUGAAAUCGGUCUAAUUUGAAUAUAUUUCUGUUUAUACCGCUAUUCAAUCGUUUGAAAGCUGUGGUCGGGCUGGCCAAGUGCCGUAAAGGAUUAUCUGGUCGAUUACCGUAGUAAUAAUUAUGGUAGACAUGGGCACCGAGUGGAGAGUAACAUUCAAGAAUAAAUGUGAAAUUUUUUUCAACAGACAGACUAAGAAUGAUGGGACGAAAACUGCAGUACUUUGUGUCCAACACCAGGGCAAUAGGAAAGCCACUGGUCAUGGAAAACGAGCUUAUUGUCGGAGAUAGCAGUGAAAAACGAGGCGCCGAAAAUGGGCUUCUGCGUUCUUCGUGGAAAUCGUGCAAGGUUUCCUAGGAGCUGACAUGAAAGGCAGUUCCGCGGCUCUAGCUAAAGGUGAGAGCAAAGGUGUUGCGUUUAAUAGCAGGUCCAGAGAAAGGCCACCAUGAAACGAACAAAUUGACAGGAUGGAGUGGAAAACGAAGCACUGGAAAACGAAGCAUUUUACGUUGAGGACGAUCACUUGCAGAUGUUCCGACUUGGGUAGUUAACCAUGCAAAGAAUACCAGAAACCGGUAAUGUGCGGCCAACUUUAUUUGUGAUUGUGUCAAAGAAUUGCGGAAUAAUAAUAACGAAGAGAUUGUGAUGCUACUGGAA